AUGCUUGACCAGAUGAACAAGGCAUACCAGCACAACAUCCACUUGUGCAUGCAGCACAUAGCGAAACAACAAAUACUCAAGGACGAAAUCUUGAGAAAAAAGAAACGGGUCGUAGAGGUGCCGAACGAGAACGUCGCCAAGACGAAGGGCAUCUUCGAAGAGCCCAUAGAAGGCGACAUCACGCAGCGCGCGCAGCACACGAUGAAGUGCGUCGAAGAGGAGCUUGCAGAUGACCAGGACUUGGACGAGGAAACGCUCGCAGAGUUCACCACAGUACGCACGAAGUUCGUGGCGAAACCACAGGCGGAUGCGAGCACGUUCAAGG